CUCCUUUCAUUUGCAAUGACCUGUCUUAAGCCGUCGUCGGGGUAUUGGGUGAGCCAACUGCCGUAAGAAUUCUGUUCGAACCGCAUCCCAAACCUCCUGAACAGCCCUGCGAAGCUGUGCCCGGGUUAACCGUUGAACAUCAUAGCGUUCCUCGAUCCAGUUUUUCAUCCAAAACCACACAUUUUCUAUAGGACCGAAGUCUGGGCUCCGUGCCAGCCACACAAUGCACCCAAUCCCAUGGACUGUCAGCAACGCCCUGGUUACGCGAGCUGCGUGGGGUGCUGCAUUAUCUACAACCUACUCGAUCGGCAGCCUGUCACUAAACGUGGAAUCCUUCGCGCGGGUCCUGUACGGUCGGUCACACUCCCCGACAGCCACGGCGACUAUAAUUAUAGCACUAGAAGUAUUGUCACGAACCAACCAUAUAGGCCAGCCAGGUGGGGCUGUGCAGCCGACAGGAACGCCAAUCGGGACACACGGAAUGUCGCGGACGAUUCAUGAGGGCGCCAAGGGACGACAGCGCCCAGGAGCGACCAUAUGGACGCCCAGGGACGCUGGCGAGCACGAGCGUCCACAGAAAAUAGUUAGUAUAUAGUCACUCGUUCUGGAGGACUCUGGGAAAACAAGCCAGUAUAUAGUCAUUCGUUCUGGAGGACUCUGGGAGUUCGCCAGUGAGAAAUACAAGCAGUUCAC